CCCUACAGUUCAGCACAACUAAAAUGGCGGGAGAGAUAUUUCUGCUGCGUAUUGCUUGUAUAUUUGUUUAUUCGUGUAAAUAAAUCAAACGUCUCAAUGUGAAUUAAUAAGCAAAAUGUUGAAAACAACUAGAGCAAAAGCACGUGAAGUGUCACAAAUUUCAACAAUUCCCAAACGCAAUGCUUUACGCAUUGCGAACAAACGAAACGACGACGUCAACUGCGCAAAUGCAGAGGCAGAAACAACAACGAAAACAAAAAUUCCGCUCAAUUCGCAAUCGAGAUAUCGCAUCAGAAAGUUUGUUGUGCGCAUUAAACGCAUCAAACAACAAGAAACUAUUGUUGCGCCAAAGGUGCACAAUCAACAUAAUCAUGUUGCAAACAGGCAAUCAUUAAAAAGUGAUUCAAACCCAACCGCAAGCAACAAUGUUAGCGAAAAAGAAUCCCAAACAUUUCGCAAUAGAAAGUUCAAUAGAAAGCAACAAAAUAAUAUUGUUGCGCCAAAGGUGCAAAAUAUACAAAAUCAUUCUGUAAAGAAUACACGCUCAAGCAGGCUAGCAUUGAGAGGUGCUCCAAACCCAGCCACAAGCAGUAAUGUUGCCGACAAGGAAUUGCAAACAUUUCGCAAUAGAAAAUUCGUUGUGCGCCUUAAACGCAUUAAACAACAAGAAAAUGUUGUUGCUGCAAAUGUGGAAAAUCAACAAAAUCAUUCUGUAAACAGAACAACUACAAAUCGCCAAACCUUGAGAGCUGCUGCAAGUGCUUCUGCGGUAAGCAUUGCCACCGACAAUUUUGGUGAUGCAAGCGCAUUGGAGCCCACUCGCAAUUCCACAAUGUGCACCGUGCCCACCAAACAGGCCAAAGUUCGAGGUGGUGUUCCGGUGAACGUUACGACUGUUGUAGCAUCAAAGCCACGUGCACCACGCUUUUUUCACCGAGAUCAGCCGCCGUCUCGAACUCGUUCCUCGGUCACACGUAAUGUGUAUGAGUUUCUGUCGCAGUCCCAAAUCGAAGACAACGAGGUCAAGGAUCCCGCUGCCGAUAUCAUCAAACAAAUGGUUAAGGAUGGCAAAGCCUGUGUAAUGAAGCGUUGCAAGGGCAAGAUGCGUGCGCGUCCCGUCAGAAAAAAAGUGCGCCCCGUGGGCCGAAGAAGGCAAUGUUUGAUGCGGAGCAUAGGGGAAAAACAACAGGAAAACGUUAAGAAUGUCAAAGCAGUUGUGCCGCCCAUCGAGCAGCCCAUGUCGCCCAUCUACGAGCUACAAAUUGAUUCCAGUGACGACGAUGAGAAUGAGCCCAACGAUCUCGUACAUCUUGAGAUGCCAGCACAAGUGCAUGCUGCCCAACCACCAAAGCAAGCUCUGCCCGAGGGCGCUUACAGCCCUUUGGCGCGCUCAAUGCUACUAAAUCAAACAAAGAACAAGCAAAACACACACGAGUCCCUCGACAGACGUCGGGAUCUGCUGGACAUAGCCAAGAAGUUCAUCAGCACGCCAAUGAAUCGAAAAAGUAUUACGCACUCAACAUCAACAUUUUCACCAAUCGAUCUAGAUAAGUCGAACAACGAUCGACGAACAGCAGCAGCAGCUGGCUCUUCUUCGCCAUGGCGUGUACCCGACGAGUUGCGCAUGCCCAAUACAUUUGUAUUUGGUUUGAACACAUCCCAGCUGCCAUCGUAUUCCAGUGACUUUAUAAGGAGCCGCCCUCUGGUCUAUGUGCCAGAUGCGCUAGAGCCUGAGCCCGAACCCGAGCCGAUUGAGGAGGAGACUAUUUUACCGGACGCGAACGAACAAAGUGUCAAUUUAGCUUCCAAUGAUUCCAAUGGUGAAAAUGUGCCGCCAGCAAAGGAGACAAUCGUUGAACUUCCUAUGACAUCAAUGGUACCAAGCGAGGGCCAAGAGAAUGAAAAUUUGGAGAACUUUGUGCAAUUGCCGAAUCCUCGACGUACGCUUCAACAUCGCAGUCCCUUAAAGGACAUCAAUAUACUGGAAGUGGUUAUGCUGCCUUCAUGGAAGAAAAAUGUGCCAGAUCCCAAGACUCCGACAAGAGAAUCGAUGGUCAGAAAUCAAGUUCAUUUCGAGCACUCCAUCGAGAAUAUCAGUCCAGGAAAUUUGAGCUCGCGACCGGCGCUGCUGCAACGACAAAAAAAUUCCAAUCUCUUUGGUUUCGAGGACUUCCUUGAUGAUGAUGAUGAGCAACCUACCAGCAGCCAUGGUCAGAAUCAAGAUGUCACGCUGUACGAGAAGCUGCAGCGGCUAAAUCGUCUGCGACCAGCCGACAAAGAAUUGCCACAAGUCUCCAAGACACCCAUGCACUACGACUACGAUGAUCUGGAGGCACAUCAGCCCAGGCAGCGCAACAUUAAAGAGAUGUUCUGCUCCACCAUGAUUGGUACGCCGGCGCCUUGUCGUCCCAGUAUAGAUGAGUCAGUGUCGUUAUUCAAAGACAUAGACGAACCAGACACAACAUUUGACGAAAAGAAACCACGACGCACCUAUGUUCGGGAACGGGUGAAGCGAAAGCGAAAACCACGCGUUCACGUCCUGUUCAUCGAGAGCGGCGAAUCAGAUAGCGAGGACAACGAGCAGGACUCUAAGGAGAAGAGUUCGGAUUCACCGGCGAAGGCGAUGCCUCCACAGAAACGACCACGGAAGGAUGUGGUGCAUGAGGCUAAGCUGAAGCAGUUCAUCACCAGCUUUAACCAGGAGUGUGCAGAGGUGGAGAAGUUUCCACUGAUAGUUGAAUAGCCCCGCGUCCAAACGCUGGCGUUUAUUUCAUUUGUUUUCCUUUUCUCUAUUUUUUUUUUGUUUAAUCGUUAAGACCUGAGUAUUAGGUUAAGCUUAAGCUUAGAUUUAAAACAAAAUUUCGAGUAUGAAUUUAAAUUUCGUUUCAAUUAUGUCUUUACAUUUAUCACAUUAUCAUACAUAAGAUGUGGUGUGAAUAUAGAGAGAUUAAUAUUAACAUUAUGUACACAAGCAUUCGAUUACGAUGACAAUUGAUUCGUCCCCAGUUAAUAAAAAUUUAAUUUAAAUCAGAAAUAGAAAUAACAUUUUUCUGAGAAUAUGCUUCUAAAAAUGUAUAAUUGGUAUAGCUAUAACUUUAGAUUGCACAAAGUCUUGUAAAUAACUCCCAUUUUGUUUUAUGCUGGGUGUAUGUACAUAUUUAUGCAUCUAUCAUAAAAAGAACUCCAACAAUUUUA